CAAUUAGUCGAAUAUUUUAUGUAUGCAUUAUCCUUAUGGAAUUUGCCGCGGGAGAUUUGAUUUAUAUUUUGCAGAUACCAAAAGGCAAAACUGUCGAACAUCUGUCAUAGUCAGGACUGUUUUUUUGCCUGCCUGACAUGUCAUUCAACGUGAAAAUUGAACAUUAGCCUAGUCAAGUUAGUGGAGGAAAAGCUGUUUAUAACUUUUAGAUAUUCAACAUGUUGUCAACCAGGAGUCGAUUCAGGGUUCUGAGUGAAAUAGCAGAGGAAGAGUUAGCAGAGUUGUCUCAGAACAGUAAUGGAGAUGAAGAAGCUGUACGUGCUCAAAUGGAGACUCGCCGUGACCAGAGGCGAGCUAAAAUAACUCAGGAAUUAUUUGAAACAGAGAAAACCUACCUCAAUCAUCUAGAACUCAUAAAUAAACAUUUUGACUUUUCUUUGCGGUUUAACUGUCUGAUCCCAGAGGAAGUUCACAGUCAAAUCUUUAGUAAUGUGGAACAGAUCAUGGAAGUGAACAAGACAUUGUUAGAACACAUGGAACAGACCACUAUUGGGGAAGCCUUUAAACACAUGGGACCAUUCCUCAAGCUCUACUCGUCUUAUGCCAACAACCAUGAAAAUGCCAUUACUUUACUGCAGGAAUGGAGGCAGAAAAGUCCAGGCUUUAAUGAAUUCAUACAGAAACAGGAAGAGAGGCCAGACGUGAUGGGGUUAAAGGUCAAUGCACUACUCAUUACUCCAGUACAGAGAGUUCCUAGAUACAAGUUACUGUUGGAGGACCUAUUAGAAAACACCUCAACAGAUCACCAUGACUACGAGACACUAAGAGAGGCUGUUCAGAAAGUCAGUGACAUAGCCAUUCAUAUAAAUAACCACAUAAAGCAACAUGAGAACUUCCAAAAAAUGCUCAGCAUACAGAAAUGCUUCGACAAGUCAGCACCCAAAAUCCUCACACCAGGCCGAGAGUUCAUCAAGGAAGGGAUUCUGAAAAAGGUUUCCAAAAGAGGUGGCAAACCCCACGACAGGAUGUUCUUCCUGUUCUCAGACAUCUUGCUUUACGGGAAGCCGCGGUUACUAGACAGUAUCACUAACUCCUACACCUGCUGCUGUGUGCUGCCACUAAAACACUGUCAACUGGAAACGGUGUUCGGGGGAACCAAACGGGGUUCACAGGAAAAGACAGAGGCAGGGGGCAUGUUUAAGAUUACCUGUAAAGAUGAGAGUUUACUGCUGUUUUCAAAUGAUCCAGAAGACAUGAAAAGCUGGAUUAAAGAACUGGAUUCAGCCAUCAGGAAACUGAGUAACAACCGUUCUACGUUAAGAAAACCAAGCAGCAACAAGGCUCCGAUGAGAGGAAGGUCACUAUGGAAACAACGUAAACUGGAGAAACAAAGAGAUCAACAGAUCCGUCGAAUUAUCCAGAAAGAUGAGUCAGAGUGUACCAAGUUAUCUCCAUUGAAGCUCAUAUCAGAAAUAGACGCCAAUAAAUGCCUGUCUCCAUGGAAACGACCUAAACUGUGCUCUUCUGAUAUCUCCUCUACUCCUCUGGGAAUAUCUCAGACCCGCAGUGGACGACCAAUUAGACCGCCUCCACAUCAACCAAAAUUCUCUGAAAAUAUUCCACCGAAAGUGGAUCUAGAAAAUGGCCCCAUGUUUUCCCCUAUAGUGCCACAGUCUGAUAAACCAGACACUGAAGAUGAGGACUCCUUCUUGCAGAUGACAAUGGGGGACAUAGGGAAUGCUACUGUAGAAUUCGACUCCUUCUGUAGGUCAAGCAAAGAUGAGAAAGCACCCACAGAAAAAGAUACAAAGAGGGGUGUGACAGUCCGUGGUAGGGAGGGGCUGACAGGAUCUAGAUUGUAUGGCCAGGAACGCCUGACAAGGCGACCAUUAGAAAGGUUGUCAGAGAGAGGUAAAACCUUCAGGAAAAGAUGUGCAAGUGCUUUAGAGAGUGCCCAGACUCGGAUUAAUGAGACAAAGUCCUAUUGUAACGUGCAAUGAGAGCUAAUGUCUUAGGGGGGCCAAAUUGUGAAUCAUGUGACCAAUUGAGUCACUGAUCAUGUAUUGAGAAAACUAUAUAAAUAUGAAUUCAAAUAUAUAUGUCAUCUCGUUAAGAAGUCUGUUCAUUAAUCUAAAUGUAUUAUGCCAAUAACUUAUUUAUGUGUCUUGAAAUUUUCUUGAGAUCUGAAAAAGGGUAUUGAGAAAUGUGAUAUCAUGAUCUGUAUUUUUUUCAUUCUUACGGCAGUAGCUGAUCAUGUAUGUUAAUUGCUUUUAAUGAAAUUUGCUAUAAAAUAUGAAGAAGAACCGAAGAGUUUCAUGUACAGUGAAUGAACAUGCAACUGUAGUUUUGGUGCAAUAUAUUUCCUUUUGAAACAAAGAAAAUAUUUUUUUUAACAUAUUUUAAAGCUUGUGUUCAUUUAUUUGUACAUGAAAAUGAGGUAUUUUUAAAUUAUAUGUAUCAGGAAGCUUCAAUUGCCGUAAAAAGAUUGUUGUUUUUAUUUUGUUAACUUUCAAUGCCAGUCCAGUUGUUGUGUCCAUGUACUGAUAUGCACCAUGGUGGUAAACAGAGCUAAUUUUUGGUUUUUUCUUGUGGAAUUGAAAUAGAUGUUUAUAAAUCCAUUAAAAUUAUUUUUUUUUUUUUUGUUUCAAAGAAAAACAUGAUUAACAUUCUGAUCUAGAAGAAAAUUUUAUUUGUAUUUUUUUUAUCAUUAUUAUUAACAACACCCAUCACAGAUUUUAACACAGUUAUUGAAGUAUCUCAAAAACGUUUUUUUAUUUAUAUUUUUGUGUAAUUAUAACAAAAAGCAUGAUACAUGUAACUUUUCAUUAUUUUAAAAAAAAAGGGUUAGUGGGCUCAGUUUGUGAAAGUGUAUUCUGCAUACAAUUGUAUUUAUUUGUUAUAGUCAGAAAUACUGGAAUAUAAGUUUUAACUUUUUAACAUACUUUUUAAUAAAAAUCCAUGGAUUUCAUUUUUUUUAAAGAUUUUUUUUGACAUGUAAAA